AUUUUUGUAUAUAUGAAAUGAAAUUAUAUAUCAUGUGAUUAUGUGGUUAUUGUUCUAAUAAAAGAUUCCAUUUGUUUUUGAAGAAAUACCAUCCUAUGCGAGCAUUUACAAUCUGUUACCAGCCAUUUGCACUAAUAACAACAUUGAUAUUGGCUCACUACGAGUCAAGGAUCAAUACAAGUUUGCGGAACUUAUAUGGAUAUGCACUUUUUUUUGUUCUCUCUUUCUUGGUCAUUGUUUUGGAUCUAGCAACAUCAGGGAGAGGGGGAAUUGGAACUUUCAGCGGAUUAUGCACGUUUUUUGCUUGUUUUGGAAUUGCACAUGCUCUUGUUCAAGGGGGCGUCUCUGGAGAACUAUCUUCUAUGUGUCCUGAGUUCAUUCAGGCCUUUAUUGGUGGUAUAACUGCCUCUGGAGUUGUGGCUUGUGGUUUGAGACUUUUAACAAAAUAUUAUUUUGAGAAAUAUGGCAACGGACUCCGCAAAGGGGCUUUGUUAAGCUUAGGCAUCUCUACAGUCUUUGAGCUAUUGAGCAUUAUCAUGUAUGCAAUUUACUUUCCAAAGUUGUCCAUUGUAAAAUACUACCGGUUAAAGGCAACCUUAAAAGGACCAAAAACAAUUACAGAUGCUCUUAUUGCAACCGACACUCAAAAUAUUGAGACAGACCAGGAAGUUGGAGUUGUUGCUAAUCAACAAGAAUGCUUAAGCCACAAGGAACUAUUUCUUCAGAACAUUGAUUAUGUUUUUGACGUAGUUAUGAUAUAUGUAUUAACCCUAUCUAUAAUGCCUGGAUUCUUGUAUGAAGAUACCGGACAACACAAGCUAGGAACAUGGUAUCCACUUGUUUUGAUGACAAUGUACAAUGUUAUGGAUCUAAUAGCAUCAUAUAUUCCCCUCAUCAAAUUCUUGAAAUUGGAAUCUAGAAAGGGUUUAUUGGUUGCUACUCUUUCUAGAUUCUUGUUGAUCCCAGCAUUUUACUUCACAGCAAAAUAUGGUGACCAAGGUUGGAUGAUCCUACUUGUAUCUUACUUGGGACUAACCAAUGGUUAUCUCACUGUUUGUGUAUACACAGUGGUACCUAAAGGUUACAAGGGUCCGGAAAAAAAUGCAUUGGGUAAUUUGCUUGCUUUGAGCCUUUUAAGUGGUAUAUGUGUUGGAGCUGCUCUUAGUUAUUUAUGGCAAAUUGGAAAGUAAAUCUUUAAAUUAUAUUUCUAGGUCGAAAUUUCCCUUGCUUUUGGUUUGAGUUUUUUUAUACUUUAAAAACUUAUAAUUAAUCUUCCUCUUGUUGAAAAAAUCUAAAUUUA